AUGGCUUCUCACAACAUCGCCACCACCAACGAGGUGAUUGAGAGCGCCGUCAUCCGCGCACCGCUCUCGCACGUCUGGCACUACAUCAAGUUGCCCGAGUUCCACAAGUUCUGGAACGCCAUCGAGAAGGCCGAGCACGUCAAGGGCACUAGCAGUGAGACCGACGUGGUGCGCUGGACUUUCAAGGAUGGCAGUGUGGUUGAGGUCAAGCAGGAUGAGCACAGCAACCUGGACCACUUCAUCACGUACAGCGUCAUCGACACCAAACCGGAGCUCUCGUACUCGAGUGUGGUGAGCACCGUCCGCUGCUGGGCAGUGACGUCGGGCGAGCUAGCGGACUCGACGUUUGUCCGGUGGACGUCUAAGUUCUCGAGCGAUGCUGAUAUUGGUGUGAUUGAGGAUGCCAAGUACAAGCGCCGCGAUGCGCUCAAAGAUCUAGCAGCGGCCGCUGCUAAGAUGGUCAAGGAACACGCCAAGUGA